AUGUCUCGCAAGACAUACGGCUAUCAAAAGGAUAUCAACCAUGCUCGCACCCCGACACCCCUACGCACGCCCCGCCUCGUCCUCCUUCACCUUGGCCUGCCACUCGGCGACGACAUCCUUGUAGUCUUCGGGGCCAUAGGGGCGCGUGGCCUCCGCCAGAAAGCCGCCGCCCUUGCGGUAGAUGGGCAGGCCGAGGUCGCCGAGCAGCUGGUCAAAGUAGGGCAGCGCGUCAAAGACAAAGUCGGGGAACUGGCUGCCGUGGCCGGCCGGGUAGCGCCACUUGCCGAAGCGCGCGGCCACGACGGCGGCGUACUGGAGGGCGUCGAGGCCCUGGGCAAAGGCGGCCGGCGGCGCGGUCGCGGGGGGCACGACGGCGGCCGGCAGCGCGCCGUCGAACAGGGCCACGAUCCAGAGCGCCUGCAGGUGGGCCGAGAGCGCGACGGAGAAGUUCAUGACGACGCCGGCAAAGGCAAUGUCGCGGCGGCGCACGAAGCGCUCGGCGGGCGGCAGCACGAACCGGUACAGCGUGUAAGGCGUCAGCGGCGUCGACGGCGUCCCGGCGUCCGCGCUCGACAGCCCGCCGGACGCCAGCAGGGGCGCCAGGGCCUUGUUCUGCACGGGCGGGUUCGCGAGCCGCGGGAACCGCGCCAGGAUCUCCGCGUCGGCGCGCGCCACGGCGCUCGGCGUCCACACGGGCUCGUCGCCGCCGUCGGCCAUGGGCGCGUGCGGCAGGCCCAGCGCGCGGUCGAGGCCCGCCGGCAGAAACGCCAUGGGCGGCACGUGCUUCCAGCCCGUGGCGCAGGCCAGCGCCGACAGGCCCGCGAGGCGCGUGCCGUCGGCCAGGUGGACGGUGUGGGGCGACAGCGCGGCGAUCUCGGCAAUGUGGACGCGCACGGUGCCGCUGCGCACGAGGUCGAAGAAGUCGGUCGGGUAGUUGAGGAUGGAAAAGGACGUCGCCGUGAACAUGGCCUCGCUCCAGGGCCGCAGCUUGGCCGUCUCUGGGUGGGCGCCGUACUUGUUGGCGGCGAGGACGUCGCCGCCCAGGAGGCGCCAAAAGGCAUCGGUGAUGCGGCGGCCGAGGGCGCUGCCGUGGUAGAAGGCGCGCACGCCCGCGUAGCCGUCGGCGUCGCCCCAGACGCAGGGGCUGAACCAGGUCAGCAUGCGCGUCAUGACGAGCUUCUCGAGCCACUUUUUGAGCGGCGUCACGUGCGGCGGCGCCUGCCAGAUGGGGCCGUGGCCCGUCGACCGGAUGAUCCACUCGACCUCGAUGCCCUUGGCGGCGUACGCGUAGACCAUGUCCCAGGCCGACUUGGCGCCGCCGAACACGGCCACCCUUUUGGGCGCCGCCGCCUCCUCCCCGCUGGAUCCUUCUGUGCCGACGUCCAGCGUGUCCGCGUGCUGCGCGAAAUCCCGGUUGUGGAACAGCGGCGCGCCAAACGAUUCCUCGCCGGCAAUGUGUGGCAGGAGCGGCUCCGAGGUCAGGCCCGUCGCGACAAUCAGCUUGCGCGCGAUCAGCGUAGUCGUCGACGUCGUCGUCGUCGUCGUCUUCCCGUCGGCUCGGCCCUCCAACGUCAACGUCCACCCGCCGCCCGCGGCCUCGUCCCGCAUCGCCGCCGACACCACCUUGGUGUUGGCGCGAAUGUGCGCCGCCACGCCAAAGUGCGCCGCGUAGUCGGCCAGGUACUUGUGCACGACGGCGCCCGGGAUGUGCUCGCCCGGCUUCACGCCAUACGUCGCCGUGUCCAUGGGGAAGUCCGGGUACUCGUAGGUGCCCAGCAGGUUGUUGCUCUUGAGGCCGGGGUACAGCCGGUGCUCGGCCCAGACGCCGCCCAGAGUCGGCGCCGCAUCGAGCACGGCCAGCGUGGCCUCGGGGUGCAGCUGGUGCUGUGUCUUGGCGGCGCAGAGGCCGAACCAGCCGGCGCCGACGACGACGAGGUCGAGCGUCUCAGUCAUGUUGGGGUGCGUGAGUGA